UAUUAUUAUUAUUAUUAUUAUUAUUAUUAUUAUUAUUAUUGGUAAGCAAGUCUGAGAGGUUUUGUUACUCCAGUGUUUUUGUUUGAGUUAUGAGUGGCACAUGUUCUUACACUGACAACAAAUAAAACAGAGACCAGGUGAAAAGUGCUGUUCAAUAUAAAUGACAAGAAGGUCAGUCCAUGGAUGCUUAGAACUGACUGAAAGAUAAAAGCUAAAUCAUGAGAGUCUGGAGAGCCGUGGGAGUCUUUUAGAACUGCGAUUGCUACAUGAAGGAAAUGUUGCUGUGAUUAACCCAAUAUACAUUUGCAGGGAAGCAGAAGGAACCAAAGCCAAAAGCAUAAGAGAGACAACCAACUGUUGAAAAAGGCAGUUAGCUAAAGCAGUGACUGGAAACCUGCUGUCCAGGUGUGUAAAAAUACACACAGAUCAUUCUGGUCAAACUAACAGUACAGGAAAUAUUCAUUUAGAGCUGAGAGCAUCAAACACAAAUAGAGUUUAACCAAGUGCUGGACUUUGUGCUGAAACUGAGAGAGAGAGGAGUGGAGAAUGGCUCUGAGCACUGAGCAAGCUCUGGCACUGCUACUGAUCUUAAACAGCGCUCACCUCACAGCAGUUGCUAAAAAACCGAAUGAGUCGGUAAUGAAGGCACUAGCCGAAACGCCAGUCUACUUGACUUCAGAUUGCCCUUCACAAGACCGUGUUGUUGUCUCUGGCUCAGCUGGGGGGAGAGCAGUGCUGCCCUGUUCUUACACCCCCACCCCUGGGCAGGAUGUAGAAGUCAGAUGGGAGGCAUAUCCAGAUCAGGUUAAAUCUGUUCUAUUAAUCACCUCAAAGACCCCCUCAGCACCCAUCCCUGCGCAGUGGAGCGGCCGAGUGAAGCUGUCUGAUGAAGUCUCCUCUGGAAACGCCUCUCUGCUAAUCUCUGAGCUCAGACUGGAGGACACUCUGGAUUACUUGUGUACAGUGUGGAUCAAUGGGAUAUGUGUCACUUACAGGAAUGUUAAACUGACAGUUCAAGCAGAUUGCCCUUCACAAGACCGUGUUGUUGUCUCUGGCUCAGCUGGGGGGAGAGCAGUGCUGCCCUGUUCUUACACCCCCACCCCUGGGCAGGAUGUAGAAGUCAGAUGGGAGGCAUAUCCAGAUCAGGUUAAAUCUGUUCUAUUAAUCACCUCAAAGACCCCCUCAGCACCCAUCCCUGCGCAGUGGAGCGGCCGAGUGAAGCUGUCUGAUGAAGUCUCCUCUGGAAACGCCUCUCUGCUAAUCUCUGAGCUCAGACUGGAGGACACUCUGGAUUACUUGUGUACAGUGUGGAUCAAUGGGAUAUGUGUCACUUACAGGAAUGUUAAACUGACAGUUCAAGGACCUCCAAAGAGAGAUUCAACUACUUCAACAACAACAACGACCACAACCCCGACAACUAGACCAUCAGCAACCCAGAAAACCAGCCCAUGCCCAACCCAGCAGGGGAAUGCAGCAGCACAGAGGAGAUCGUACUGCAUGAAACCGCUUUGAUAACUGGAUUCUAAUUGGAUUGCAUGUACCUGUAUUUAGUGAGUGUUGUGAGUUAAGCGGAAGUUCAAUUAUUCCUGUGUGUUGCUGCUGCUGGUUCCCUAUGCUAGUAUAGUCCAUUGUGAAAGAGUAUUGCUGUUACUGUAACCCGCUGCAUCCUGCCUGUGCCUGCAUCUCUCCAUUUCUAUAUCAUUUUAAUAAGAGCGUUUUAGCAUUUUGAUAUAUUUCAGGUUCUAUUCAUCACUGAUAGCUAUUAGUUUAUUUUUUGUAUAAGUUAGUUGUUGCUGUUUACUAUAGAUAAUUGUUAAUAACAGUUUUAUAUUAGUGAUGUGAAGACAGCAAAGCACAUUUGUUAAUUUUAUGCUUAGUAUAAAUUAGAUUCCUGAUUACUAUUAAAUGUUAGUUGCACAGUACAAUAUCUUAUUGCUUUUCCUUUUUUGCUUAUGAAUAAUAAAAUAUGUAGCUGUG